AUGGAAGCUCUCAGAGCUUCCUCUCUCUCUUCGUUUCACCUCACAAAACUAUCUACAAGACAUUGCAGUACCCAAUUUGAGAAAACUAAUUUGAAUUAUCCACCAAGUCGACGACCCAAUUCUGCUCUUUCAUCAUUUCACCGCAACAAACCACAAUUCAAGCUAUUUAACGCCAUUUCUUCACCUUUUUUAACUGAAUCCAUAGACCCACCCGAAAAAGAAACUGAAAUUCAAAACCCAGAAGAACAAUUUGAUUGGUUUGCGCAUUGGUAUCCGAUCAUGCCGGUUUGCGACCUUGAUAAGAGGAAGCCACAUGGGAAGAAGGUGAUAGGUCUUGAUGUUGUGGUUUGGUGGGAUAGAAAUGAGAGUGAAUGGAAGGUGUUUGACGAUAGUUGUCCUCAUAGGUUGGCUCCAUUGUCUGAGGGAAGGAUUGAUCAGUGGGGCCGCUUGCAGUGUGUAUACCAUGGUUGGUGUUUUGGUGGCACUGGUGAUUGCAAAUUCAUUCCCCAAGCACCCCGAGAUGGUCCUCCGGUAACUUCUUGCAUGUUUUUAAUGCUUGAUGGUUAUAAAAAUAACCGUGCAACUGAAUUUUGGUUACAUAUGACUGCGGCAUUCUCUGUUUAUCUUUGCCAAAACCCUGUUGACUGUUUAUUCAUUUACAAAUUACAACAUAAGCAAUACGGCAUGCAUCUUAUGAAUAUGAAACUUUGA